AUGGCUGUAGUGAGCUUUGACCUAAAGUUUACAUAUGUUCUUGCUGACUGGGAGGGCUCAGCCCAUGAUGCACUAAUCCUGGGUGAUGCCAUUGAGAGAAAUGAUGGCUUCACUGUCCCUGCAGGUCAUUUUUACCUGGUAGAUGGUGGAUAUGCAUGCAGACCUGGCUUCUUGCCUCCAUUUAUGGGGGUCAGAUACCACUUGAGUGAAUUUGGGAACAGAAACCACCCCACCACUGCAAAAGAACUAUUCAAUCUUAGGCACUCCUCUCUUAGGGUAUCUGUUGAGAGGGCCUUUUACAAUGGUAGGAUGACUGCUAGUAAUGGUGAUGUCGAUGCUGCGUUUGUGCCUGCUGCUACCUUGAUGCAAGGUGCAGCUGCACUUGGUCAGCCAGCACAACCUGCUUUGGUUGACCUGGAUGGGGGAGCACCUAGUGGUGAGCCUGCAGUUGUUGUAGGACAGCAAGGACCCAUGAGGUGGAAUAAUAACACUUCUGGUUUUGUCCUAAGGAGGAUGGCCCAGAUUGUGUUUGAGGGGUCUAGGACUGACAAGACAUACAAAGAUAAGGAUGUCAAUGCUGUAGCUAAGGCUCUUAGGGACUACAGUGGGGUGGCUGUUAGUCCAACUCAGGUGUACAAUCAUCUGAGAAAGUGGAAACAAAAGUGGGCUAAGGUAGCCAAGUUGAAGGACCUUAGUGGGGCAACAUUUGAUGAUGAUGUCCAUGCCAUAAUGCUUGAGCAGGACCACUACCUUGGUCAUUGCAAGGACCACCCUAAGGAUGCUGAAUACCUCAACACCCCCAUCAGGUUCUACAAAGAGAUGGAGGCCCUCUUUGGUAGCACUUUGGCAACUGGUAGGUUUGCCUUAGGGUCCAAUGAACCAUUGGGGGUGAACAAUGCAGACAGUGUGGCUGCUAAGCUUGAGGGGCAGGACUUCUCUUGUGGUACUUUUGAAAACAAAAGUACCUCUGAGUUUGGGGAGGGCAGCAAGGCCACAACACCUGUGUUUGGGGAGGGCAGCAAGGACAACAUUGUAGGGGCUAAGAGAAAGAGGGCCAACUUUAGUGAGGAAGAGAUGCUUAUGAUGACCAACAUGACAGAUGCUGUCAACAAUGUUGCCAAUGCUAUGCUGAAAAUAGGUGCUGCACAUGUCGAUCCAGACCUCUACCUUGCUGUCAUGGAGAUGGAGAUGUCUGACUUCUCCACUAAGGCCUUGAUUGUUGCCUACACCCAUCUCCUUGAGAACAAGGCUGUUGCAACUGGUUUUGUCAACAUGUCCACCCCCCAUAGGGCCAUAUGGCUGAGGACCUACCUGGCCAAGAACUACUAUUUGUAG